GCGGCGCGGCCACCGGGCACGCUCGCUCUGCGCCCGCCGCCCCGCGCCCGCCGCUGCCGCAGCCUCGCCCCGCGGCUCGGCAGCGCCCAGCGUCGGCGGGGCCGGGCGGGCUCGGGCGGCGCGAGGCGAGCUGCAGCCAAACGCUCCGCACGUCCAGCACCGGGGCCAGCCGAGCUGCGGGGCGCCCGGCGCAGGACUGGGCUGGGAAACUGUCGCUGGCCCGCGAGAGGAUUGCGGUGCGAAGCCAAGAUGCCACAGCGGAUCCCUGGCUCUGGGACCCCCUAAGGAGCGAGUAAGAAAAAGACCUGGGGCCGCCGGCGCCAGGCCUGCGACAGCCCCCAGCCAUGGAGCUGGCCGAUGACCUUCUCAACGGGAGCCGCUUCUCCCCGUCUCCGCUGGACGCUGACGGGUGGGUGGCGGCCACCAACGGCUCCAACCUGACGGAGCCCUACUACGACACGGCCAGCAACGCGGUCCUCACCUUCAUCUACUUCGUGGUCUGCAUCGUGGGCCUGUGCGGCAACACGCUGGUCAUCUACGUCAUCCUGCGCUACGCCAAGAUGAAGACCAUCACCAACAUCUACAUCCUCAACCUGGCCAUCGCCGACGAGCUCUUCAUGCUGGGGCUGCCCUUCCUGGCCAUGCAGGUGGCGCUGGUGCACUGGCCGUUCGGCAAGGCCAUCUGCCGCGUGGUCAUGACGGUGGACGGCAUCAACCAGUUCACCAGCAUCUUCUGCCUGACCGUCAUGAGCAUCGACCGCUACCUGGCCGUGGUGCACCCCAUCAAGUCCGCCAAGUGGAGGCGCCCGCGGACAGCCAAGAUGAUCAGCCUGGCCGUGUGGGGGGUGUCGCUGCUGGUCAUCCUGCCCAUCAUGAUCUACGCCGGGCUCCGGAGCAACCAGUGGGGGCGGAGCAGCUGCACCAUCAACUGGCCCGGGGAGUCGGGGGCCUGGUACACCGGCUUCAUCAUCUACGCCUUCAUCCUGGGCUUCCUGGUGCCCCUGGCCAUCAUCUGCCUCUGCUACCUGUUCAUCAUCAUCAAGGUCAAGUCGUCGGGCAUCCGGGUGGGCUCCUCCAAGAGGAAGAGGUCGGAGAAGAAGGUCACCCGCAUGGUGUCCAUCGUGGUGGCCGUCUUCAUGUUCUGCUGGCUCCCCUUCUACAUCUUCAACGUCUCCUCCGUGUCCGUGGUCAUCAGCCCCACGCCCGCCCUGAAGGGCAUGUUCGACUUCGUGGUCAUCCUCACCUACGCCAACAGCUGUGCCAACCCCAUCCUCUACGCCUUCUUGUCCGACAACUUCAAGAAGAGCUUCCAGAAUGUUCUCUGCUUGGUCAAGAUGAGCGGCCCGGACGACGGGGAGCGGAGCGACAGCAAGCAGGAGAAGUCCCGGCUGAACGAGACCACCGAGACGCAGAGGACCCUCCUCAACGGAGACCUCCAGACCGCGAUCUGAAGGGCCCGCGAAGAUCACAUCCCCAGAAGGCCAACCCUGGGGUUGGAGCGACCGGCCAGCCAGGAGGGCGCUGGCCUGGCCUUGCCUUGCCUGCGCCCGACCCGGGUUCGAUCCCCGGCACCCCCUCUGGUCCCCUGAGCACCGCCAGGAGUGACUCCUGAGUGCAGAGCUAGAAGUAAGUCCCGAGCUUAGGUGUGUGACCCAAACUCCUUCCCCCCAACUAAAGUCCAAGCUCUGCUAAACGGCUUGAGCUUCCCCCCCCCACCCCUGCAUCCUCCGCUUCUCCUCAUCACAGCCGGCUUCUAGAAUAGAGAAAGGGGGCCACUCCGCAGAGAAGGGGUCCGAUUCAGAGUGCAGCGCCUGAGUGAAGGCUGAUGGACGCCACCGUCAGCUCCUGCCUGGAUGCAAACAAUGGAAAUGCAGGUGGACCUUUCCAGAAGAGAGCCUGUCCGGCCAGGGGCCGCGGGGCCAGGUCGGAGGCACCCAGAAGGGACAGAGCUGUGUCCGUGUGCCCCUGUAUCUAAGAGUCCAUUUGCUGUCACGUGUUCUUACAGUUAUACUUGUAUAUACCCGUCUGGCCCCUGAGCGGCCAUUUCGUUUUCUGUGUUUCAGUCCACGAGUAAUAGAGUCCAGUGUGCGCGGGACACGUGGAGCGACUCCCACCCCAUGUCACCGUGGAAAUGAAACUCCCCACGAGGGAAAUAAAGUCAGAGUUCUGGGAUCGCUCUUAUCCUGGCAGUGUG